AUGGCCAAGAAAAACUCAAACGUCCCCAAGGCGCUGCCUGUAGAGGCUGUGCAGAAAUCAGAAGAGCUUUCUUUAGAGAAUACUCCUGACUCCGCCUCCAGCUCCGAAGGAGAUUCAGAGGACUUCUCCUCCGAUGAGGACAUCGAUGUCCAAGGUCUUGAGGAAGAACUGACAACCAAGAAGUCAGCACACACAGUCAAGCUCACCAAGGAGAGUAAAAAGAGCGAGGGCAAAAUUGAUGCUGCUAAACAGAGAGCUGUCAUCUAUGUCGGAAGACUUCCCAAACUGUUCGAAGAGAAGGAAAUGAAGAAAUACUUCUCUCAAUUCGGAGACAUCACAAGAGUGAGAGUCUCAAGAAACAAGGUCACUGGAGCCUCAAGACAUUAUGCCUUUGUGGAAUUCAAAGACCUUCAUGCCGCUCAAGUUGCUGCUGAGACGAUGAACAACUACCUUUUGGUUGGCCAUUUGUUGAAGGUGCACCUUGUCGAGAAUCCAAAAGAGAACCUCUUUUCUAAAAACAUGAAGUCUUCGUUUAGAGAAUUCGAUUGGAGGGCCAAGGAGUACGAGCAGCAGAAUGCACCAAAGCCAUUGGAGACGUGGAAGGAGUUACAAAAGAAGUACGAGGAGUCCAAGAAGCAGAAAUUUUCUGAAUUGAAGAAGCUCGGUUUCGACUAUGCUCUUGAAGCGUAA